GGGUGUGCGGGCGGCGCGCUCGCCCUCCAGCUGCAGCCCGCGCCGAGCGCGCACUGCAAGCGAGCGCCGGCGCCUCCAGCAUGGAGUGGGAACUCAACUUGCUGCUCUACCUGGCGCUCUUCUUCUUCCUGCUCUUCUUACUUUUCCUCCUGCUCUUCGUGGUCAUCAAGCAGCUGAAGAACUCCGUGGCCAACACAGCCGGGGCGCUCCAGCCCGGGCGCCUCUCCGUGCACCGCGAGCCUUGGGGCUUCUCCCGAGAGCAAGCGGUGUGACCCGAGUGCGGGCACUGGCGGGAGGGCACCGAACUGCGCGGGCCCUGGGCUAGGUCUCCGCCUCAAUUCUCUUGACUUCGUGGCCUCCCAGUUUCCAGAGCCGAGCUGCUGCCCUUGACUGGUGCAUAGAGGACCACAGCUGCAAAGACAGUUUGGGCCUGCAAAAAGAAGGCUGGAACAACGGGAGAUGGAAGCUUUCUGCAAAUGGCCACAAUGAAUAUUUAUUCCUAUUACUCAACCUCUGCUUGGAACUUGACUGUAAGCUCUGGGAAUUAAGGUGUUCAAAAUGGCUUCAGAUCUUAUCAAGACAAUCUUGGUUGUUGCACUAAUUUCCAAACUUGGCACAGCUGUAGAUGCAGAACUGAUGCCAUCUGGUGUGAUUCUACAGAAUAAGAGAGAAAAUUUACCCAGAGUGUGCCAUGCACUGGCUUUUCUGGGAAUGGCAAGGUGCCAGGAUUUGUUUUUGGUUCGCUUGCAGGGGUGGAAACUUGGAACUAGGUUCCAAGAUGGUCCCUGCAGCUGCCCACAAGAAGGAGGAGGAAGCCCACAGAGAAAACGGGGCAUGCCAGUUCGAAUCCACUUCCUUUUAAAGAGCUUCCUCAGCAGGCCAAUAACUUUUGCCUCCAUCUCAUUGGCCAGAACUGUGUCAUUGGCUACUGCUAUCGGCAAGAUUGUCUGAGAAAUGUAGUUUUGUAGCUGGAUAUAUAACUGCCUUUGACAAAAAUCCAUUUUCUCUUAAUGAGGAAGAAGAUAGUGGUGGAUCUUGGGAGGACAACUAACAUUUUAUGCCCUGGCUACAAAAUACAGUUGCAGAGGAACAUAAAGUUCAAAAAGAUCAAAACUCUAGUUCCUUCACAACUGUCAAAGCUUCAAGCAGCACUGCUCCCCUCUGACAGUGAGCAGAGUGAAGGCAUGUCAGGUGUUCUCACAAAACUCUUGACAGGACUGACCUCUCUUAGCCAAUAUCCUUGUCCCACAUCAGGAUUUUCUAGAGGGCCCUGGGUACCUGCGCACUUCCUUGGUGGCCAUAACCUCUUUAUGGAGGGUUGGUGUAGGAUAAAGAAUGUUCUACCACGCUGCUCCCUCAUCUGCAUCAUUUCUCUCCUCUCUAAUUUUCCUGUCAGUUAUAUUUUGGUGGAGUCUGGGUUUGUGUAUUUGAUUCCUAUAAAAAGACCAUUGCUUUCAUGCAUGGAGGAGGGGAACCUAUGCAAAGAAAGGCUACCUUACUCCUUUCUGUGACUCCACCACCAGUCUAGGAAUAUCCUGGGAGAAGAAUUGCCUCUCAAAUCUGCUUCUAUAAGCAGCCUACAUCCUAGCUAAGCAAAGAAGAAACACUUCCCACAUCCAGGGCUGUCUAAAAGAACUUUCUGUGAUGACAGAAAUGUUCUAUAUCUGCAGCGUCCAAUAUGGUAACCAUUUAGACACAUGGGGCUAGUGAACACUUGAAAUGUGGCUAGUGUGACUGAGGAAGGAAAAUUUAAAUUUUGUUUAAUUGUAAUUAAUUUAAAUUCAAAUAGCCAAAUGGGGCUACUAGCUUUUGUGUUAGAUAGCACAGUAUACUUUAUUCUCUUUCUUGUGUUGUAGAACCAGCUGGGAGAGGUGUGGGUCAGUCAUGGGCUUGAUGUCCCAUGGUCUUCACUAUUCUAGCUUGCCAUUGAACUUGGCUCCCAGAGGAAAAGAAAGAAUGGUGUUUGGAAUUAAAUUCAAGAUGUUAACUUGGCAUCUAUAUAUUGCACAUAUUCCUGUAUAGUGAAUGGAAUGGUCUCCUGGGAGUACCUGUGAUUGAUUUGAGUGAUAACUGAUCUUGAAGAAAUGGCAGUACUGCUCCACUUCACCUUCCUAGUGACUAUUGUGUGUUCCUAGUCAGAGUGACUCAGCAGAGAUUAUUUUGUUCUCUUGUGCAGUUUAUUCUGUGUCAUUUUAUUUUUGUAAUAUUGUGGCAGCUAAAUGAUUAUUCUGUGUAUGUUUUUCAAAAUAUUAGGUGGCUUAUAUUUUUUAAAAGGCUAUGAAAUAAAAAUAAACUAUAUGUAACACAGUU